AUGACACAAGCUAGCCUUACCAUGGACACAAACAAGCCUACGACGCCAGCCACAGCCAGUCAAUCCAAUUAUGGCAAUGCAGAGUCAGAGCAGCAACAACAACAACAACAACAACAACAACUCCCACCCAUAGUCUACCCCAAACGCAAACGUAAACGUCAACUAUUCACAAAGGACAUUGAAAACCUACUAUACGCAAUGGGCGAUCGCCCUUAUUCACUAGAUUCAACCGUGUCUGCGCUCGAAGACAUCUUAGUCGACUUUGUAUCACGGUUAUCAUACACCAUGGUCCAUUACGCUUCUUCACAGGGUCGAAACCGGAUCAAGUUGAAUGACUUGGCGUUUGCGUUGCGCAAUGAUCCGUUGAAAUUGGGUCGAUUGUUGUAUAUCUUGGAGCAGAGUCAUAAGAUCGAGCGAGCUAAAAAGUUGUUUGACGAGGAGCAAGGAGGAGCGGGAGAAGCGGGAGGAGCAGGAGAAGCAGGAGAAGCGGGAGAAGUGCUGAAUAAAAAGGGCGUAGUGCAUGGCAAAUUUGGCGAUGGCGAUGAUGUUGAUGAUGAUGAUGAUGAUGACGAAGAGGAGGAUGACGAAAAGGAGGAUGAUGACGAAGAAUUUGGCGAGGGUGGUGCAGAGGGUAAUGGCGGUGCUUAUGGUGAUGGAGAAGAUGAUGUCGAAGGCAGAGGCGAAGGCGAGACUGGUGCUGAAAUGAGGCAAAGAAGAGGCCGCGUCGAUGAAGAUGUGUCCGGGAAACGAGGUAGGAAGAAGAAGGUUGAAUUGGAUGCAGAUGGCAAACCGAAGAAGAGAAAGUAUAAAAAGAGAAAACUUGAAGAUGGACUGAGUAAAGGGGACAACUAA